AUGCAGGGACAAGCUGAGCUGCAGGGCUCAUUGAGCACGAAUGGGAAGAUGGCGAGAGAUAGAGUGCCCACAAAAGUAUGCAACAUAUUUCACAGUUCGGGGCAGAUGGCAAUGGAAAAGGACAAAACAGACCCCAGGGAAGGCGCCUCUGUCGCCAUGUCACACGCCCACUCUCGAAAGCGUGACUGUUACUUGCAGCAUCCCAGGGCACCCGAUGCCCCACAAGACCGCCUAUCGCCACCCCAGAAUCACCCCUUCCAUUCGAGGAAGAAUUUUUGA